AGCGCCGCCGCCAUGGCGGUGCCGGCCGCGGAGCUGCGGCGGGCGUGUCGCCAGGCCUGGGAGCCCGUGUUCGCCCGGGCGCGCCGGGCCGUCGUCUUCCUGGACGCGGCGUCUGCCGAGGCGCUGCACUGGAGCUGCGGAGGGGCGGGCGAGCUGCUGGCGGCGGGGGCACUGGCCGUCAGGGCGCUGCCCGCCGAGGCAGCGGCGGGGGCGGCCCGCGCCGUCUUCGUAGUGAGCGGGGCGCUGCGGGGCGGUGCAGCCGCGGCCGUGCGCGGGGUGCUGGGCCGGGGCACCGUGCGGCACUGCGUGCUGGUGUCCGGCGGGGAGGCGGAGGGCGGCGAUUCGGCCGAGCUGGAGGAGACGCUGCAGCGGUGGAUGGCCGAGGGCGGCCGCGCCGAGGUGAUGCGGCGGGGCCCGCCGCUCCUGGCCCCCGUCUCGGCUGAGCUCUGCCUGCUGCCCGCCCUGGCCGCUCUCUUCCCGCCCCUGCCCUGCCCUGGCGGGCCCGGUCCCGCGGAGGUCGGGCUGGGCGCCCUACCCGCCGAGCUGCGGGCGGCGGUGCGGGCUCUGGUGGCCGAACUCGACUCUCUCUUCACUGCCCUGGGCCUGCGGGAGGAGAGCUUCGCCGUGGGAGUCCUCAGCAGGGUCCUCGCGGCUGAACUGGCAAGCUAUGGCCCGGCCCGGAACAGGAGGAGGACGGCAACCAGCAAGGCCUCCGUUGUCUUUGUGGAUAGGACGCUAGACCUCGCUGGAGCAGUUGGUCAUCACGGUGAAAAUCUUGCAGAGAAGAUACUUUCUGUGCUUCCCAAGCUUCCUGGCCACAAGACUGAUGUGAUGGUUAACAUGAUAGAACUUACGGCACUGCAGACUACAGAUAAAACUUGGAAUAUUAUAGCACCUGGCUGCUUAGCACAACCAAAUGAUGCAGCUGCCAAAGCUCUCUGGGAGUCCUUCAUGAACCUCAAGCAGAAGGAAGCUGUGAUGGAGGCUAGGAGACACCUUGUGGAGGCUGCGAGCAGAGAAAAUUUACCUAUUAAGAUGAGCAUGGGCAGAGUCACCCCAGAACAGCUCAGCUCCUACAUUCAGCUGUUCAGAAAUAAUCUCAAAGCUUUGGAGAACCAUUGUGGUCUUCUGCAGCUUGUGCUGGCUGUGGUCCAGACUUUGAAACAUCCCCAGACUUCCAAAUGGGACAACUUCCUUGCCUUUGAGAGAUUACUUUUGCAGACUAUUGGUGAGUCAGAAAUGCCCAGUGUUUUGAACCAGUUACUGCCAAUGAUCAAGUCUUACAAUGAGAGGACAAAAGAUGAUUAUACCUGUGAGGACUUCCUUGUCUUGCUGGUGUACAUGUAUUCCAUUGUUGGAGAACUCAAAAGUGGAAAAGAGCUGGACACAGCUGAAGAAGAGGUGAAAAAGGCCCUAGUCAAGGUCAUUUGUGAUGAGCCAGAGCCAUCUCCUUUGUUGCAGAAAAUAACAGGCUGUGACUCGUUGCUGAACCUGACAUCUCAGAAAGCCACAAAUGCAGUGGACGUUAUCUUUCGGUCCCUCAGGGAUAUCUCAAGAGCUCGAAUGCACAUGAAACAGUUUAAUUCCAUACAUAAUGCAGGCAGCAACACCCACCAGGCUUCUUACAAACCGCUGCUGAAACAGAUAGUGGAAGAGAUCUGCAAUCCUGAUCGACCUGAUCCUGUUGAUAUUGAGCACAUGUCAUCAGGCCUCACUGAUCUCCUUAAAACUGGAUUCAGCAUGUUCAUGAAGGUGAAUCGCCCUCACCCUGGUGAUCAUCCUCUUCUGAUCAUCUUUAUGGUUGGUGGAGUGACAGUCUCUGAGGUCAAAAUGGUGAAGGAUCUGGUAGCGACUCGCAAACCUGGAAUGCAGGUAAUGGUGCUGUCUUCGGCACUCCUGACGCCGCACAGUGCUGUUGAGUUGUUGUUUGCCACAGACCAUCUCCAGCCUGACUCUGAUAUCUGACAGGGGGAGAAUCUGUGGAGAAGAUGAAUGGGUGUCUCAGCUGGAAACGUCAAAUCCCUGGUCUGUCACUCUUCCCACGAGCCUUCCAAAAAAAGACAUGUUCCCUGCUGCAGUUAUGGCUCCAGCUGAAACGGCUGGGUAUCUGGCUGUAGGGGAACAUGUGCAGCUCACAGGCAGCUCUUCAAAAUGGUCCAGUUGUCCAGCAACAUCUUCUCCUGUCCACCUUGGUAACACUGUGGUGUGCUGAAUCACCCCCAGCCCCACUCAGGCAUGGGAUGAUGGCUUGUAAUAAUUCCUUAUAAAAGGAGCAGCUGAGGACCAGGUGAUACUGAAUUUGUACUCCCCAAACAGCACUUUUUUCUCCGAGUGUUCCUGAUGGUUUCACUGGGGUUUCUUCUGGUGGGAAAUGCUGCUGAGGGAGUGAAAAGCUAGCAAAAUCCACCCUCUCUGUCAUGCUACCUUGCAAAACACAUGUGCCUUAUACAGUGCUCUUACUUCAUUCCUCACCCAGAGAGGUCAUGGGGCACAGCACUGAUUUAGCCAGCAGAGCAUCUGCUGGUCUGGUGAUGCUGUCCCAGUGGGACUGGUAGAUGCAGAGAAGCAGAGAGCAAGACCCAAGGGCUAGGUUAUGUGGCUGCUUCUCUCUCAGCAUCCUUUUUCCUGGUCUAGUUUCUCCACCCACAGCCCUGGGAGAAAAGACUUCCUGAUGGCACACUUCUCUGCAGGAGAACAUAUGGGCUGUGGUAGUUUAAUCGCAACCUUGGAAGAAUCCUCCCCUCCCAUGCAUUUAAAAGAGAAGAAGAAAAAAAAAAAGCACCAUCCCACUUUCAAAAGGCCACAGCGACAGAUUCUGUCUUGAUUUAGAUUUCUUCAUUAGAGAACAGCUUUUAUGAUCAUGAGAGAACUGCUAUUAAAUUCAGUUAUGUAAUUUUUCUUUAGAAAACUUUGCUAUAAUCUGUGAUAAAAAAACAGCAACCAAUAGAGAUUGUGAUUGCAAUUGCAUAUAGGACCAAGACUUUUGAAUUGCAGCAGAAAAUGGUGGAGCUCUAAAGCUGCAUCCUCUUGCUCCAUCCAAGGGAUUCUAAGACUACAGCUUACACUGAGAAUGUGACGUUGUGACAUUCAUUCUAUCAUAGCAUUCUUUAUUAUGCCAAAGGAGUAGAUUAAAUGGGAAGUAGCUUUUUAACCUUUGUUCACUAGCUAGCCUAAGUUCUCUGAAAUGUUUAUAGUGGUCUUCAGAAAAGGGUGCAUUUUGAUUUCAGUUCACUUUUGAGUGGCUGGAAGGAAACAAUGGACCGAUUAUAAAGCAUGGACAAUGUCACCUCUGUGGAAGAUAGAUUUAUAAGAAUGAUUAUAGAAUGGAACUUUGUGCUAUAAAAAAUGAGAAAUAUUAAGAGAUUUCAAUGUUAAAGCUCAAGAAACAGUUUGAACAGAGCAACUGGAGAGUAAAUAGCCAGUCUCUUGGUUUCUUUUCUCUCAUUCUGUGUUGUUCAAUCUUAGAAUAUGAAUGUUUCAUAAAUUCUGUAAUCAAUAAAGCAAUGUUCUUACAACGCCAAA